AUGAUAUCACAAACAUUCAAAAUACUCCUCCUCAUACUGAUAACGCCAGUGUUAUCCAAGAAAGUAAAGCUAGGUCCACACUGGGACCACCGCGAGCGCACGACGUGCGAGGAAUUCGGACAGUACGCGCGCUUCAACCCGCAAACGAUGACCAAGGGGCCGUGGUUUGUGUUCUACUACUGGGCCCCGCAGCCGGACUCCUUCAAUUUCCAUUUUGACUUGCCCACGAAGAAUGUGAGUAAAAACCUUUAUCUUAAAGCAACAAAAGUAUUAUCAAUAUAUUUUUUGCAGAACUACACCUACCUCCACAAAUGCCUAGACAACCGUGUGGCCUAUCCCGUCAACUGGACGGCUAAGCACGUCAUGCUCAGAGUAGGGGCCGACCUCUCACUAUUAGUCGAACUAGGAGACAGAGGACAGUACCUGAUGUAUAACGUGAAGGCGGUUCAAAAUCUGCAUGGCGCAGGACGAAAACUUAUGCCAUUGGAGGUUCGCAUGAAACAGACAGGAGACAACAAGAUCGUUGGCAUGAUGGUUUGCAAGAAAGAGACAGUAUAUGCAUUGGCGCGGAUGAAAGAAUUGCCUCGCAAGAAUGAGCUCCAGGAUGCAGCAGGGCGCCUCAACUACCGAAGUCGCGGCGGCAAAUCCUAUCUCUACCAAGGUACGAUCAUUUUGCCUUUAAGUAAUGGAGUUGCCUCUGAGUAAAAGAGUUGCCUCGCCAGAAAGAACUCCAGGAUACAGCAGGGUGCCUUAACUACCAGAGCUGUUGUGGCACCUACCACAACCAAGGUACGAUCGUAAUGAAGUUGUCUCGAAGUAAAAGAGCUGCCUCGCCAGUAAGAGUUUCAAUAUGCAGCAGGACGCCUCAACUACCGCAGGCACUCGGUGCGGCACAUCCUAUCUCUACGAAGGUAUCAUCAAGUAAAAGAGUUCGCCUCAAAUUAAAACGUGCGAGUUAACUCACCACUCACCGAGCUCGAUGACCAGGAGCUUACUGAAGCCGAGGCGGCAAAUCCUACUUUACCUAGUUACAAAUAACUUCAUAUUGGUACAUACAAUAUCCGUGUACAAUACCACGAAUUAACAAUACAAAGACGUUGUUAAAAUUAGCAUAUUUUGUGAAUGCAAUAUAAUACUAGUAUUUUCAGCCCCAACAUUAAAAAAUAAUCAUUGCAUAACAGCUAUAAAGAUUUUUGGCAUUUUGGCUACGGAACCCUAGAAUAUAAAACGCCCUUAUUCGUAUCAGGUUAUUAUAAGUAUUAAAACAUU